UCCCCGUCUCCCGUCGCUACACCCAUGUGAUAGCGCACAUUCUCGUCUCUUCGGAGCACUCGUCUUCUACUCGUGAGACAACGCUCGGUUCACGCCGUACCGAUCUUUUAUCUACUCAGCUUCCGAUACUGAUCAUCGAUCCGUCCCGUUGCGGAAUCACCAAGGAGAAUCGAAGAUGUAUCGACUACCUAUCAUGUUAAGAGGAGCUGCCUUACGCCAGUUGCAGGCGCGCAGUUAUGCCAAAGAUGUACGUUUUGGCGCGGAGGUUCGUGCCUUAAUGUUGCAAGGCGUAGACAUUUUGGCAGAUGCCGUUGCUGUAACGAUGGGUCCUAAAGGACGUAAUGUUAUAUUAGAACAAAGCUGGGGAAGUCCAAAGAUCACAAAGGAUGGUGUGACAGUGGCAAAGGGUGUUGAGUUAAAGGACAAGUUUCAAAAUAUUGGAGCUAAAUUAGUACAGAAUGUAGCUAACAAUACUAAUGAAGAAGCUGGUGAUGGCACUACAACUGCAACUAUAUUAGCCAGAGCAAUAGCCAAAGAAGGAUUUGAAAAGAUUAGCAAAGGUGCCAAUCCUAUAGAAAUUAGAAGAGGUGUAAUGUUAGCAGUAGAGAAAGUUAAAGAUGAAUUGAAGACUCUAAGUAAACCUGUUACGACACCCGAAGAAAUUGCUCAAGUAGCGACGAUAUCAGCUAAUGGCGACAAAGCGGUUGGCAACUUGAUCUCGGACGCUAUGAAGAAAGUUGGAAAAGAAGGUGUAAUUACCGUGAAGGAUGGCAAAACACUUGACGACGAGUUGGAGGUCAUAGAAGGAAUGAAGUUCGACAGGGGCUAUAUUUCUCCAUACUUCAUCAACUCUAGUAAAGGAACCAAGGUCGAAUUCCAAGACGCGCUCAUUCUUUUUAGCGAGAAGAAAAUCUCUUCCGUUCAGAGCAUUAUACCCGCUUUGGAACUGGCAAAUUCGCAACGCAAACCUCUUGUCAUAAUUGCUGAGGAUGUGGACGGCGAAGCCUUGUCAACCCUUGUUGUCAAUCGUUUGAAAAUUGGAUUGCAAGUGGCCGCAGUUAAAGCUCCCGGUUUUGGUGAUAAUAGAAAAGCAACUCUUCAGGAUAUGGCGAUAUCUACCGGUGGUAUUGUGUUCGGCGACGAUGCCAAUCUCAUCAAAUUAGAAGAUGUUCAGGCAAGUGACUUGGGUCAAGUAGGAGAAGUCAUCAUUACGAAAGACGAUACUCUCAUCUUAAAGGGUAAAGGAAAGAAAGCUGAUAUCGACAGAAGAGCCGAUCAGAUCAGAAAUCAAAUCGAAAACACCACAUCCGACUAUGAGAAAGAGAAGCUGCAGGAACGUUUAGCUAGAUUAGCAUCCGGUGUUGCUGUCCUGCGAGUUGGUGGAAGCAGCGAAGUAGAAGUUAACGAAAAGAAAGACCGUGUGCACGAUGCGCUCAACGCCACUCGUGCUGCCGUUGAAGAAGGAAUCGUUCCCGGAGGUGGCACCGCACUGUUGAGGUGCAUACCAGUAUUGCGACAGCUGAAAGCUGUGAACGGCGAUCAGGAGACUGGAAUCAAGAUCGUAGCGAAUGCUUUGCGUAUACCAUGUCUGCAAAUCGCGCAGAAUGCCGGCGUCGACGCUAGCGUUGUAGUAGCUAAAGUAAGCGAAGGCAAGCUCGGCUAUGAUGCCUUGAAUGAUGAGUACGUCGAUAUGAUCGAGAAGGGCAUCAUCGAUCCCACGAAGGUAGUGCGUACAGCACUUGUAGACGCCGCAGGUGUGGCCUCGCUCCUGACGACGGCGGAAGCAGUCGUCACCGAAUUGCCCAAAGAGGAACAGCCACCGAUGGGCGGUAUGGGUGGCAUGGGCGGCAUGGGUGGCAUGGGUGGCAUGGGUGGCAUGAUGUAAAGAUAGAAAUUUAAGACAAAGACUGAAGAAGAGACAGUCCGUGCUGCAAUCUUGCUCGAAACGCGAUUACGCCGUGCAACGUUGUUCAAAUAGUUCUGAACAUUGGUUCCGUUCGAACGGAAUGAAGGAAAUAUCCGUACGGUCUCGUACAAUUUGUACUUUGAAACAUUACAGGCGAUAAGAUAUGAAACCAUUGUUACGAAGCGCUGUUUCACACAUUUAUUUUAUUCUACGAAUCUGUAAUUGUUAUGAAUACAAUUCGCGUUAGUUUUAUUUCAUUUAAUAAACAUAAAAUAUAGUGCAUUUCCAAAGGUUUCAAAUGGCAUUUAAUGUAAAAAUAAUUAUGUGAAACGAACUUGUUAACGAGUGUAUACAGAAGAUGGAAUUACGAUAAAUAGACAAUUCAAUAACUUUUAAAUAAAAUUUCAAUAAUUCUAUCCAUCGUUAUAUAUCUCAUAUUCCAUAUUUACGAUUGUUUCACAAAUCCAGAUGCAAAAAUGAACAGCUUUUGUGUUCAACGCUUAUAUUUUAUACAAAAAAAAUUUUCUAGUUAUAGUAACUCACAAAAGACGCAAAUGUAAAAAUGAAUGUAUGCUUUAAUUAUGGAAGGUUAAUUAUUUAGACUUUCAUAAUUUUGUAAUGUUAAAUUUAUUUUCUGUCUGAAUAAAUGUAUGUUUAAA